AUGCAUACACUAACAAUAACACCAAUUAUUGAACGUUUAUUACAUACAUAUCUUCGUCGUCAUCCAGCAUCUGUUUGUGUUGGAUCAAUUGUCAAUCUAACUGAAUGUGUUGAACAAAGUAUUAUUUUUGAAUUUUUUUAUUUUGCUUAUUUCUAUUAGGGUGGAAACGCUGAUAUAAAAGAAAAAAAAAGAUUUCAUAAAAAAGAAAAUGAAUAUGAUUUGAGAUUAUAUACAUCGUAUUGAUUGCACAAGUAGUGUAGGCAAAGUGAUAAGAUUUUUAACAAAAGAAGAUUCAGCUGUAUCUGACUGAGUUACUUAAUCAUCCUGAUGCAGCACAAUAUAAACUUGAUCCGAUAUUUUAUUUAUUUAUUUUUUCAUUAAAAUUAUGUGUUUACUUCAAUUAAGAAAAAGACAUUAUUAUCCUUGUAUUUGUGUCUCGUUUUUUUUUGUCUUAUUAUUGUGUAUUAUUAAUAAAGAAGUAUCUGAUGAAAAAUACAAUAAUGACGUAUGACGUAUUUAUUUAUUUAUUUUAUGAAAACGAAAAAGUUUUUUUUCUUUCUAUUGUGUGAUGUUUGUUACUACGACAAACAUAUUCUUGCUGUACAAUCACCUGUCAAAACAAAUCUCGUAUUGGUUUUCUCUUUUUUUUUUAUGUGCUGAAAAUUCUAUUCAGAUUGACGUACUUGUUCUGAAGUAAAUAAUAAUGAUGAACGAUUUUCUACAUAGUUGACCGAAAUCUGUAGUGAUUCUAAUAAUCAUGGUGAUGAUUUACGGUAUAUUAUUGAUACACAAUGUUUAAAAUAAGUUAUUUGAAUAUUUUGAAAAUUUAACGUCAGUAUAUUAUUUAUUCUCUACUCAAUAUGAUUGAAGAAGAUCUACAAACAAAUAAAUAAAGAAAUCAACAAUAAUAAUGAUAAUAUUACAUGUAAAAAAAAAACAACAAAUAUUUAAAAAUUCGUAGGAUAAGAUAAGGAUAGAAGUUUUACACAUUAGGAUAGGGUAAAGAUUGAAGUUCUGCACGAUAUAGUAAGGUAAUAGUAGGACUCUUUUUGUCAGUCAGGGUACAGAGUAUGAGGAACAGCUUACCCUGUGAAUCUAUACACUCAAAUUACCUAAUUGAUCAUGAUCCAAUGAGGUUCUGGUGUUGUAGUGAAACUCGUCGUGAUUUUUUCAUUAUUAUCAAUAGUAGUCAGAAGAGUACGUGUCUUAGCAGCGACCAUUGUUUUGUUGAGAAGAUUAUUUAGCUUAUCUGAAUUGACAUUUACUCGAAUAUGAACACGCUUAUUAGCAAAUCAAAUCAAUAAUAUUAUUUAUUCGUUCAUA